AUGACUUUGAAUUACGCUUUUGGGUUUUCCAUUUUUCUUGUUAUUUUUGUUGGUCUGAAUGUAUAUUUUUUCUAUACCUUGAAUACUGUAGGAAGAAGACCUGCAAAUAUCAAUGUGCCUGAUGUUAAACCCGAUUUCGGGCCAAAUGUAUAUAAAGAUAUUUAUCAUUAUCUCAACUAUUUACACAAUCAGUAUAAGAACAAAAAUCCUGAAUUUGCUACCGUGCAAACAGAUCUUUUGCGUUCCUUCAAUGCUUCAAACAAUAAUAUCAACGUAAAGGAUAUUUGGUUAGACACGCAACAGUGGUCCAGUGAGGAGUCACUUUUCCCCCAACAGAAUGGAGCAGCUGGAAAAAUACUUCAAGCAAUGCGCACAUCCCAGAUAGUCCUUGUGGAUAAUGCGCCAAAAGGCACCCAACUGAAGUUAUUACUUGUAUUAGAGGGAAAUCAAAAACUGUACUUUAAGCCAAAACGAUACAAGCUGAGCACUGUGAUAAAUGGUAACAUUUAUGCUGGUUUUGACCGGUAUAAUUCUGAAGUAUUUGCCUAUUAUUUAGCUACGGUAAUGAAUUUCAAAUGGAUUGCGCCAUCGGUUAUUAGAAAAAUCAAUCUUUAUCAAGAAAUUAUACCUGUAGCAAGUUUGGGACUAAAAAAAACAACGGUGAAGUAUGGCAACGGCACAGUGUGCAUUUAUGGAAAAUGCUUCUAUUGCCGUAAAAACGAAACUGUUUGUCCAGACGAAAAAGGAGAUAUUGAAGGAGCAGCUAUACUUUAUUUGGACAAAUCAUUUCAAAUUCAUCAGUCUCCAUGGCGACGUUCUUAUAAUAGUAAAAAAAUGGAAUGGGAAACAGACAAUGACUUUUGUAAAAAAUUGGUCAAUGGACUAAGUACAACAAGAAUUCUGAAUUUAGUGGAUAUAGCUAUAUUUGAUUUUUUAAUUCAAAAUGGAGAUCGACAUCGAUAUGAAGUAUAUAAAAAUAAAAUCCUCUUCAUGGACAAUGGAAAGGGCUUAGGAAACCCUACAGUGGAUGAGUUAGAUAUUUUAGCGCCACUUUAUCAAUGCUGCAUGAUAUCAAUGUCUACGUGGAAACAUCUAAAAAUGCUUACUGGUGGAAGUUUAACUGAAACUAUUAAACUUUUAUCUUCUUUCCAAGGAAAUGUUCUUGCUACUGAAGAUCAUUUUAAGGCAGUAGAAAGAAGGCUGCUAAAAGUUUUCGCCACUGUUCAAUAUUGCAUCGGUAAACAUGGAAGUGCCAAAGUUUUCAAAGAUGAUCUUUAAAACGAAUUAGAUGCUUUAUUUAUUCUUGUUUUUAUUAUUACUGUUUGCAGAAUUUGUUGUUUAACUAUUGUGUAACUGUUUAGCUGUUGUAAGCUGAACACGUAAUAAAAAUCAUAUUAUAUUGAAAUGUAUUUCAGUCACUUGGAAAAAUAAGAAUACUUUGCGCAUGAAAUAAUCAACAUUCAUGGAAUAAAAUUUUAAAAUUAAGCUGAUCAAUUUGUGGUUGUCAUUGAACCUUCAAAAUUCAUGACCAUUAAUGUGAUGUCACACAAUGAUCUAUAAUAAUGAAUCAAUCUUUUAAAAUUAGAAUUGGUCUACACCUCUAUUUAUUUCCAAUGUUAUGUCAAAAAAAGGCGGGUUUUUGUAGUUACAGU